AAGAGAGUAAUCUGAGUUGUCGCACCUUUUUUUAUCGAACUUUCCUGGCUAAAGUGUAAGUGGUUAGUUUAGUUUUUUGUAGGUUUGUGAACGUGGGCGUCUGAAGGCAGCUGAAGAACAAUUCUGGACUCAACUGAUUGAAGAAUACCUAAAACCUGUGCAGUCUACACCACAAGAGCAAAGCGAAAUCGCUGCUGGUCUCGCUUCCUUGCGCAAUAAUGUCGCUUUUUCAAUCAUUCUUGUGAAUGCGCUACUUGCACUGGCAAUCUAUCUCAUCCAGAAGCAUAAAAAUGUGCUGAGUAUACGCUGGACACCGUAUAAAGACUUCAAAUGGACCAAAAUGAACGAGAUGACUGGACAAUAUGAAGAGACCAAGGACCCGCUUAAAAUUGACCCUCUAGGCAUGACAAUUAUCGCGUUCCUCUUGGGUAUACUUGUUGUGCAGACCAUAGCCCGACAGAUGAUAGACACAACAUCUUAUGCAUUGAGCCAUGCUGCUGAUGGUUACACUAGACAUCGUGAACUGGAUUCCGGCAAUGACACAGUGUUAUACAAAUUGCAAAGAGCACGAUUAGCCAAAAGGCUGCAACGAGCUGGAGAGAAAAAGUAG